UUACAAAAAUAAAAAUAAAAUGAAUAUCGCAACAUUCACCAGGGUUCAAUAUCCUUCAUUGCAGUUUUAAGCUUGAAAUCAUGGAACUGGAAUCGUCAAUUAAAGAUGCUGGUAAUGGCCUUAAAGCGGUGCGAGUUACAGAUCGUAAAAAGAAUGCAGAGAUCAUAAAGCAAUUUUUAACGAACAGCAACGCAGUGCCGGCUCUGUUAUCUGAAAAUACUCUUAAAAAACGGGGAUAUACAUGGAACAACCUCUUUGACGAUAUCAAUGAUUAUAUUUUAAAGGAAACUGAAAAAUUUGAACAGUCUAAAACUUUUGAGAACACUGUUAGACCACUAUGUACCAGCCUCUUACAUCAUUGUGUGGCGGGCUCUAAUAAAGGCAAAGCAUAUAUAAAGUGUGAUAAAAUAACUGAGACAAGUUUAUACAUACUGAAAGACAAUCGUCUUUCUAAAGCAAUUGGUGACAGUUACUUGAAUUUACUCCUCAAACAUGUCUUGCCAUACAAGCAUUACUUGGGUCAUAUAACACCAAGCACUUGGAAAGACCUACUGGAUGUCAGUAUUUCUACAUGUUUCUCUACUGUUUACAAAAUAGAUGCUUAUACUAAGCUGAGACUAAUUCUGCUUAUUAUGAAAAGUGGAAAGGAGAACUGCCAGUUUGUCAGACCUCUCAUAGAGUCUCUAUCAUCAUUAGAAACUUAUUUUGGCCUUGUCGCCAGCGACAAAAAAGUACAGGAUAUUGUUAUUGAAAUAAUUAUUUUGUUAUUGGAAACGCUUUCUUCCGAGUGUCGCCUAACUAUGUGUCGUUUUAUUGAGAGUUUCAUGCCGUCUUUAUUAAAAUUCUAUGAUCAAAACAAAGAUCAGAAGAAAAAGACAUCACAUUUCAAAUUGUUAAAUCUUGCGGUAGCACUGCACCACCCUCUAGGAAGGCACCAAAACGAAGAGGGAAGCCUUGCAAACAACUGGGAUGUCUGGAAUAAGUACUUGAACAGCAUGACAGAAAUCAUUUGCUUAGAAGUCAAUUAUUUGCAGAAAAAUAGAAAGCAAAAUGAUAAAUCAUUCCAACAAUGCUCAUAUUUUCACAGCCUUGCUGCUUCUGUCUUCCACCAGAUUUUUAAGAUGUCAGAGAGAAGCGAAAACGACACAGAAACUCCAUCAAAGAGAAUUAAACUGAGUGUGAACAAAAACAAAACGUUCAGCGAUCUUGUAAAUGAACUGCAGCAAAAUCAUGUGCCUUGGUUAGGAAUUGUAAAUGUGUAUACUAAAUUAUACAGUACCCACAUCACUUCAAGAGAAUAUCUAUUAUUAUUGAACUGUCUUCAGUUAUUGCUUGCAAAUAGCAGCACUAAUUUAGACUGGGACAUGUUCAAAGAGUUAGUUUGUUUUGUACUUGAGAGUUCAAACGCUCAUAUGAGUGAUGAUGAUGAUUAUAAAAACACUUUACUAUCACUAUGGAAUAGCUGCGUGAGAUCUUGCACAUCUACAAAUUCGUCGCACCAAGCCAUACAUACCAUUAUGCAAGGUGUAUUAACUUGCAACAUAUUGGAGUACCCCACGCAUCUCAUUAAACAGUACGUCGAAAAGGAAAUGCCUGUGACAACCCAUAGUGUUACAACUUUGAUUAACAUUUUUCAAAAGUUCUACAGCAAAUGUAGUUGCAGUGAUUUCAGAGUUAAAUGUUUAGCUUGGCUCACAGCUGGCGAUAGUUCAUCAUUCUGUGUAUCUAGAGUACCUGAAUUGUUAUUGAGAAUAAUUUCUAAUGAAAAUAUAACAUUGAACUUGACAUGUAACAAAAAUUUCGAACAAGUACGCUUACAUGACAUUUUAUUCAAUUCGCUGGAAAAGUGUAUUUUGUUUAGCGAAUUCGAAAUUGACGGCCCGACAAUACCUCCGGUGUUAGAAAACGCAUUUGAAGGCGUUGAAACUGAUACAGAUUUAGAACAGCAAAUACAUGAAUACUUGAAAAUUAUGCUAACAGAUAACAUUUCGAAGCGAUUACAAACUCAUACUGAAUUAUCAAUGGCUAUAAAAUUGAUGAAUGUUGUUGUGACGUACUUUGAUUUAUUAAUUAAGCUGAAUGUGAAAACACACGAUGAGAUCGAAACCUUGGACAUUUAUACUUUAUUAGUAACUGCUCUAACUCGUAUGUACUCGUCAUUUAAUACGUUGUUAGAGAACAACAUUCAGAUUCAGUACAAAGUAGAUUUUCUUCAGCUCGUCAACCAGCUUCUAGCUUCGGAAUUUCAUCCCAUAUUAACAGGAUUAGUACGAUCGACAAUCGAUGCAGACACAUUCCACAGUAUUAAUAACAUAUUGAAUACUGAAGUACAAGUUGAUGACGAUGAUAUCAUAAAUAUUGGAGACGAAGAUGAAAUGAAUAUUGAAACUUUAAAAAAGCAUUGUCUUCUAGUACUUGCUGCGUAUUGCAGAAAACACGCAGAAUAUCGCGAAGAUAUAUCAAAACUUAUAUUAGAUGAGUAUGAAUACAAUUUUACAUCUGAUACGGAAUGCGCUUUUCAGUGUAUUGAAAUGCUUAUAGACUCUACAGUUCAAGAUCCUCCUUUAGGUUUAAUUUUCACGCUGAUGCAACGCAUGUGUCAAAAACUGUAUAGAGAUUCGAAGGCGACAUAUGGGAUACUUAAAAUACUGCUUAAAAUCAUGGAUCCAUUAUGUUCUGAUGACAGCUCUAUGAAGGACAACUGUUUUAUUAUGAUCAAAAGUUAUUUGCAACUCUGUGAAGAUACGUAUUACCCACCGAGAGUUGCUUCUUUGAUUUAUGAAUGUGCAGCCAAAGUUAUUGUAAUGAGUCGUAAACAUGAUUGUGAAGUAGCCUUUAUUGAACAUAUUUUGAAGACUAUAAAAUGUAAUGUACAUAGCAUACGUCUCUUUUGUUGUUAUUUAGUGAAACUGAUUAAUCAUUUCCCUGAGGACAAGAUAAAUGCAUUUGCAAUUGACUUACUGGACAUAUUUUUAACUGAU